AUAUGAUUGGUCUAGAGUUUGACAGAAAUUUCAUAAUUUAGACUUCUAUCUCUUCCUGGGGAUUUCAUUAUUUAGGCAGUCGACCGACUCGAAAGCGUGAUUAAUAUUUUAUAUUGAGUAAGUGUUUCCUUAGAGACACACUCUCAAACCUCUAACAGCGAGUCAUGGAAUUGCCUUAGCCAUCACACCGCAAACAUUGCGAGCUUUUGGCAAGAAUGCGAGUGGUCAUACUAUUCCAUGGUUUUCGCCACUGUUUGGACGUGAGCCCAACACAAACUGUGGCAGACAUGAAGCAACUUCUACGCAAGAAGUUUGACUUAGACACGGUUCAAAACGAAGAAACUGAAAACGACAUUUUUUUGUCGUUGAAUUACGCCGGUGGUGUUUUGGAAGACGACUGGAUUUUCGCAGAUAUCGGAAUUCCACCAGGGGUUACUCUGAGAUGUGAAUUGAUACAGAAUACUAAAUCAUACCUUAACGUGCACUGCGCGUACUCUGGCGAAAUCGUGAAAUUCACCGAGCCGAUGUCGCUUUUUGAUACUACGGUUGGCGAUUUAAAAACAAUGGUCACCAAUAAAACAGGACUUCACGUUAGCGUUUUCCGUCUCGUCAUCCCGGAAGGCAAAGAAAUGUUCGACUGUAACCUCCUAAAAGACUACAACAUCAGUACGGGCGAUACAAUCCGACUCGAAACAUGGAAUGGCUGGGCUGACUUUCUCAAAGCCGCGACCAAAGGCCAACUAACCCCGACUUUAAAGCACAUGCUUAGUAUAAGCGAAGACCCACUAGUCGCAAAAUAUCAACAGAGAGUAGCGCUGUUUAUUGCUGCGCAUUUCGGGUAUAGCCAGCUAGCUGCUUUGCUGUUAAAACAAGGCGCGAGAUCAGACGAGGCGGUUGGAGAGCACCCUGUCCGAGAAUGGUGUAACAAACAAGUUCAUCUAGACCAUUAUAAGACCCCGAUCCACGAGGCGGCGCAGCAAGGCCAGUUACUCUGCCUGAGACAGUUUAUACAUCACAACUAUACGUGUAUUCUAGUGAAGGAUGCUUCGGGUUUGACGCCUUGUAAUAUCGCACGCAGGUUCAAACACAUCGAGUGUUUUAAGCUACUGAUUGCUGAGCAGUUCCGCUCAAGAACUACGGAAGGGCUCACCAUUACUCUGUACGCAAAGGUUAAAAAAUGGUGCGAACGGGCACGCGAUCGUGCACUAGUUUUUCAUAAGCACAAUCCAAGUCCAUUGCUUUUAGCGAUGGAAAAAAGGACUUAUCGUAAAGCAGUGGUCGGACAGAAGCUACAAGUAGAUGGAUUUGGAAAGAGUUUACAGACUACCGCGCCAACAAUUGAGCUGUCUCUAGUUUCUCUGCCCGGGAAAUCGAGCAAAGCGCUCGCGAUAACAGGUGCUUUAGAUGUGACAAGUGGAAAGUCAACAAAGGCUGCUAAACAAAGUCCAGACGCUACAACCAGCGCUGAAAUAACAGAAAUAACGGAGAAUGAAGGGUCGGAUAAAGCUUGCGAAAACCAUUCAUCAAACCAGCGAGACGAAACGACAAAAGAAAGACAAGGAAAUGCUAAUUACUCCCUGCCAGCUGUCCUGGAGUCGCGUUUCUAUGGAGACAGAUCGAAACUAUCGACGGCGCAGCGGGGAAAAGCUAAACACAAAGCGGAUAGAGCGGCUUUUAGUAGUUACCGCUGGAAGCAAACUUCCUAUGAUGAGAGGCAUAUAGAAAGUGUAGCCGGGGCAGAGGGCGAACACGCUACGAGCGAGAGAAGAGUUAGCAUGCCUGCUAUAAAUAACAUUGAUCGCGGGAGAGAAGUUGAGGGUAAACAAACAAAGCAAGAGACGUUUUUUGUCACAGAGCGUAUAAUGGGUGAACGAAAGCCACGUAUUCAUGCGUGGGAGCGAAAGGAAGAGAAUGAAUUGACUCCAAAAGAAGCAUCUAUUACAAAGAUGGAAUCUGAUCGAAUGCCGCCUAUUAGAACUAGCUCAAGUCCACCGGGAACAGGUUUAUCAGGUCCACAGGAAACCGGUUUAUCAGGUCUACCGGGUGGUGCGGACGAUGCAGAGCUCAAACCGGCGAAAAAAUGGAGACGGAAAGACUCGCCGCAUAAAGCGAAAAGCGAGGGCUUUUUUCGCCAUAAGCAAAGCUUUGCGUCUGCCGUCUCCUCCAAAAAAACUGCAAUCCAUCACAGAUCGGUCAGUGAGGAUCCCUGUGUACAGACAACCGCGCUGUACAGGCAGGUGACUGGAAACAAUAGGCGAGACUCGGCCAGAGCAAGCCUUGAUGUUGCCAUGACAUUUAACAAAAAGACUUGGCUGCAACAAGUGCAGUUAGCUAUUGAUCUUAACACGAACACAUUUAGGCGGCAGGCUCUUAGCCCGCGUAACGCAACACAGAAUACUUCGUGACAUGGUGUGACAGAAAACGAAGAACACCUCGUGACACCAUGUAACGACUCAAAAUAAUGACUCAAGUGUAACACAAAUGUAACGCUAAGUGAUGAUAAUGGCGAUUUUAACUCCA